GGACUGGACCGCCUUAAAAUGGCGCCUGUUCAUCCCUUUCAAGGAAGGUUGACAUGCUAUUUUUACUUCUAUCAAAAUGCUUAAUCUGACUGAUAUUUUAUUACGCGUACAAGCGUUUUCGACAGUUUUUAUAAGGCUCUUUGCUUCUCUUUAUGGGUUCUAAUGAUGCAGUGGAUGUGUAUCAAGCAGACUCCGAGAAAUGCUGUGCAAGGAGCUUUGUCAGUUGUGUGGAUCCCGCUUUAGUCGCAAGCAAUUUACUUGUGAAUGUUCAAAAUUCUAAAACCUCAAGACAUUUUUUGGCUGGACGAUUUAGACCAUGGUAUGGUGAGUAUCUCUAUUAAAUUCAUCCAUUGAAGAGUCUAAAUUUAUUAUAAGCCUACACUGUAUGUAAACACCCCCCUCACAACCACAACUGUGCAUGAUGAUGUUAUGCUAAACAAUAUUAAAAUCAAAUGUGAACAAAAGUCCUAUGAAAACAAUCAGGUAAACACAACUACAGGUAGCCCUAAGCUCUAUGAAACAAUUAUGGCUCUUGAUUUUUUUCAAUAGAAAACACUUGUUCAGUCCUUUGUUUGUCCAAAUUUGGGUCUUCUACUGGUUUCAUUCAAUAUCAUGGAACUGACACCCCUCAAAUCAGUGCUAAGCUAGUAAAAGGCCAAAAAGGACAAACAAAGGACUCAAGAUUAGCAAUUUUUAUUGAAAACAACAUGCUGUGGGAACCCAUACUUGGGUGAACAUAAACGUGCACAUAAACACAUCUUUUAAUCCUUGAAAUAGUUAAACUGCUAAAAAUAAAGAGAAGAGAGGGCUUUUUUCAAUGAGACAGCAUUCCUAUUUUGGUGUCACGCACUGUGAAAACUCGGAAGUUCAAAUUGCUGUAUGUUCAAAAUGAAACAUGCUUCGGGGCAGAAAACUUGUACAAAGAUUUAUUUUCUAUUUAUCUUCAACCUCGUGUAAAUAAGAAUUCGUAGAACCUUGCUUUUUUGACUUUGCAAUCUGAUGACGUCACUGUGAAAACCAUCAAUUCUUAUAGGGAGUGUUUUGGCCUUGUCCAAAAUAAAAUAUUGUGUUGUAAAUUUGAACCACUCCGCACUCUCCAGCACGAUCAUUGAAGUGGCAUUCCCUCGAACACAAGUUUACUCCACGGCAAAAUCUUCAGUGUUUUCAAUUGUGAACUACAGUCAUAAGAGUGAGCUACCAGGAAGGUCUUCCAUGGACGGAUUUUCCCCACCACACCGAAAAUAAUGGUCUUUGAUGACAUUUGACGUGACUCGCUUUGUCGUUCUUACCAAGGAUUUUGACAGCUAGCGAGACAGACGAGACACUGACACGAGCGACUGACACAGUUGACACAUGUGUCAUGCCAUCUCUUUCAUGACCUAUGAUGAAAGUGACUUGGAAAGGUUUCAAAUUUCACAGGAGGUAACACUGUUUUUUUAUCGCGAAUACGAAUUUUUGUUUUUUGACUUUUCUUGUGUAUAAAAUUUUGCGUUAAGCCUCGGAGAACGUUAAAUGGAAGUCAAGAAACGUUUUUGGGUUCGUUUCUUUGACUGGAUGUAAGCAGUAACAAAUAACGAAAGCUUGCCUUUUUGAAUUUCUCUCCCGCUUCCCGCCAUCACAUGAAUCCUGCUUCCCGCCCUUUCUUCUCCCAUUUGCCGUGCCCCUCCCGCCCCCUGUUCUCCCGGGCUCCCCCCAACUUGAGUACUUAAGACAUGCAAAUGAAUAACACAGGUAUCGCUAGCACAAAAUAGGGAGUGAUAGAUUCGUUGCUGAACCUUCUAUAAAGUAGUAAUUAACAGGAUAGAAUAAAUCCACUUGGGGAUCACACAAGAAAGAAAAAAAACACACAAAUUUAUAAAAGUAUUAGAUUUUUUAAUGGACACCUUGUCAUAUAAGUUGGUGACAGAAACAAUUAUUGGUCCCUCAAAAUCCUGAUAUUUCAAGGUUUAUGCAACAAUACCAAAGCUCAAAAUUCCAAAUAUCAACUUGCUCACCAAAUACAACUUUGUUCUUAUCAUGUUUUUUUAACUGAAGGUAACAAGCACAUAAUAACAGGUAACUUAGUUACCUGCCCCUAUACCAGGGGUGUGGGACCAUGUAGGCCCCUAGUGGGGUCCAAAGGCAGAGCCCUGGUGGGGUCCAAGGGGCAAAGCCCUUGGGAGCUCCUGAAUUUUCACUGAUUAAGAGGGUUUUCAACAACACCUCGGCUCACCAUUUAUCAAGAACCUCUCACAGAAACUGUAUGUCAUUUUUUUUCACUUUUAAGAAUAAAUUUGUAAGUCCUUUGCAUAAAGUUAUUCACAUUUUUGUUUAAAAAACUGAGUGGUAUCUGUAAAUGUCAUGAUAAAAUAAAGAUGAACAAGUAAGGACCAAUUUAAAAACUGAUCAAAAUAAGGGUCAAUAAGCCUAAUAAACUUGUUUGAUCCGUCAGGGAUGUGUGCUUUAGAUUAAAGAGUUAAUGUGACACAAAGCGUUAAGAGAACACCAGACACAGAUGUAGUUUUAAUUUUUUCUUCACAGGCAGUUCAGACAGUGUCAAUAUCAUAGACAAAAGAGGAUUGCUUGGAGCUGGAGUUGACGAUAUUUGACUGAGGAGGAGUCAAAGUAAAGUUCACAUAUAUGCCUUCAAUCUUUGGCUGAUUUAAUUGGCGUUUUGUUUAGUUUGCACUUGUAGGUUCUAUCCACUAAAGUAGAAGUAUUUAGUAAGUUAUUUUGUGAAUAGUACCUAUAACAGGGUUUGAAAUUAAUUUUUUGGAUAACUAAACCUUUAGGUUAGUGGCCAUAAAUUUUACUCACCAAAUUAUAAACUUUAUUAUCCAAGAAUGACAUUAUUUUACCUAUUGAAAAUAGUAAUAAUAAAUGGGGCAAACUAAUGUAUGGAUGGAUUGGUUCAAAUUGCAUGGUGAUCUGUAAAAAGAAAUAUAGAUGAUUUAAUCCUCGUUUUACAUUUUCGUUUCAAUUGCCUUACAUGAGGGCGGGAAAUUCAUCUUAAGCACUGCAAAAUGUUGAUUGUUUAGACUCAUCAAACUGCAGCCAGGUGAAUGCCUUUUCUCAAUUCUUGGUGGGAAGUUCUUUCCUUCUUCUUUGUACACCCUCUGGUAGCCUUAUUUAAUGUUUGAAACUGUUCCUGGUUACCAUGAGUUCUGUGAAACGCAGUUUUUUCAUGUUUUGUGCAAUUAUGUUGUAAGCAUAUCUUUUAGAACAAUAAACUGUUCCAGAAUUGAUAGAACAUAAUCUUAUGCAAAAAAGAAAUACAUGUAUGGCAGACAGAAAUUUUUAAUAACCGCUUCAGGUUACUAAGGCUCCUUUUCAAUAGCCAAACAAUGGAAACUGUUGGUUUACGGGUUACCAUUAAUUUCGACCCCUGUGCAAGUACAAAACUCAACAAAAUGCCACUUAAGUCGACCAGGACCAACAAGGAGACAUUCAAAAAAGGUAUAUAUUGUGAGCUUUGUUUUGUUAUAUUUUGACUUCUAGGAUAUUUUGGUGUGAUAAUUCGACUUUUUAAUGUAGAGGUUCGUAAGAAUGUCAGAUACGAUAAGAAACAGAGGAAGUUCUAGUUCAAAAUAAACCAGGACCAAUUAAUAAACAAUGAAAUAAUGAUUAAGAUAUAUUUAUUUAAAAUAUUACAUACUUUUUAACUCCUCUUCAGUCAAAUAUCGUCAACUCCAGCUCCAAUCGAUCCUCUUUUGUCCAUGUUAUUGACGCACACUACAUCUGGGCUGCCUGUGGAAUAUUUGGUAAAAAUAACUGCUUGCCUGCUGUGCAAGCAAGCUCUCCAUUUUUAUCGUCAAAGUGAACCAAGUGAGCUGUGAAAAAAUGCGUGAGCAAGGGGCAAACGAAAGGAGAGCUCUCCCUUGCUUGCCCCUCAUUCAUGUCUUUUUUCGCAUGCUGCUUGGACAUGACUUCUUUCAAUAUUCCCCAAAUAAAGCCCCUGCACACAGGAUUGUAAUAUUAUAAUUUUCAUCAUCGUGGGAAAUGAUUGCAUUAUCAUUACCUGUUUUCAAAAAAGGUAAUGAGGAGGAUGUAACUAAUUACAGGCCUAUUUCCUUAUUACAUCUUAUCUCCAAGUUUGCUGAGUGUUGCGUGUUUGAUCGUUUCUUCGCUUUCAUCACUGAUGAUAUCUAUCCCCUGCAACAUAGCUUUGGUAAAGGCAGAUCAACCAUUACUCAGCAAUAGAUACUGUCCACUGUAUAGCUAGAUCCACUGUCCAAGGUAGACAAACUGAUAUUGCCUUUUUAGACUUUUCAAAGGCAUUUGACUCGGUGUUGCAUUCACACCUGAUUAGAAAAUUAGAUCAUUCUGGAAUGAAAGGUCCCUUACUGCAGUGGUUCACCAGUUAUCUGACAGACAGGAUGCAAUGUGUGGUAAUAGAUGGCAAACACUCAGGCUGGUUAUCUGUCACCUUAGGAGUCCCACAGGGAUCCCUGCUUGGGCCUGCUUUUUUGUCAUAUUUGUCAACAAUAUGCUUUGUCUCACUCAAGUAUCUCUGGCUUUAUUUGCUGACGAUGCGAAGACUCAGUGUUUUCAUACUUUAAGAUCUGUCAGUGACUGUGAAUCAUUACAAAGUGAUAUUGAUAAUCAAGUUGAAUGAAGUGAUAAAUGGAAGCUUGUCUUUAACACAGACAAAUGCUUGUUAAGCGCGAUGACAAGAAAAUGCGAACCAAUUACAUAUAUUAUACCAUUGGAACUAAAACCUUAAAUAGAGUUGACGCUCAGUGUGAUCUUGGUGUUCUAAUAACCUUUGACACUUGUUUUAAUGAACACAUUUAUGCACAGGUUAAUAAAGCUAAUAAGAUGCUAGUUUUUUUUUAUAGGUUGUACAAUGAGUGUAAGUGAGCAGUAUUUACCCUAACCUUAACCCUAACCCUGACCCACUUUAACUAUGCCUCGGAAAUCUGGAGCCUGAGGUCUAUCUCUAUGAUAAAGCUAGUGGAGGGGAUCCAAUAACAUGCCACAAGAGUUUUCUUGCCCAAGCUAAGCCACAACGAGCGGCUCAAACGAUUGGAUCUACUUCUGUUGGUUUACCGAAGGGAAGUCAGAGACCUUGUAACUUUUUACAAACUCAAGUGUGGUCACUAUGAUAAUUAUUGUUCAUUCGUCUCCUAUUUUCAGUUCUGCUCUGAUAAGAGACUAAGCUCAUUCUCAAGUAAUAAACUUAGAUUUAAUUUAGUUAAAACUGAAUUCCUCGAGAGAACUUUUUUUAAUAGAAUUCCUUAUUUAUGGAAUAACUUACCGGACAACCUUUAUUUCGAAGAUCUGAGCCUGUCAUGCUUCAAAAACAUUAUAGAGAUUUUUAUAAGAAUAGGAUAAUGGGCUUUGAUCCUGAUCACCCACGUGUAACUUGGGCAUGAAAUUAUAGCAAUUAACAAUACAUUUUAUUUAUAUGUGAUACUUUUUCUUUUUCUCUCUUUUUACAAUGUAAUCUAACUUUAAAUUGGGUGGACUAUACUAGCCUGUGUGGUUCUUUGGUUCCCUUCUAGUCCUUCCCUGCUGCUAACGUGUGUCUGUAGAUUUAUUAUAAUUAUAUUUGAAGGCGAUGCAAUUUUUCUUUUUUUUCCAUCUGCUUAUCUGAUAUGGAUAAACUUUGUAGUGGGAUGUUCUCCCAAAACAUGAAAUUCUUACAUUUUAUGUUUAUAUGGACAAGAUAUUUACUGGGUAAAAACAGGUGAUUCAUGUAAAUGGUUUGCACCCCAGGUGUGUUUCUGACUAUCAAGAAAAUAAUUAUUGUAGUGGAGUUGUUAUGGUUUUGAGCUAUGAACAGCACAUUACUGGCCACAUUAGUAUACAUGUACUUUUCGCACACCUAAUAUUUAACUAAAACAUUCAUUUUUUUAUGUGUUUUGUAGGCAGCGUAAAGUCAGUUCCUCUCUGUUUCAAAUUUGAACCUCCAAAUUUGUCUCUUCACUCAGACUGCACAUUAAAUCUGCUAAAUGAUGAUAAAACAAAAACUCUACCCUCACAGAGUGGCUAUCUCCCUGAGUUUGCACCAGUUUAUUCAGGAAAAUCAUUCGUACGAUAUGAACUGAAGAGGAAGAGUUAUGGUGAGAAUGAGUUUGAGGAAACAGAUGAUGCAAAGAGGUCAUCUUAUUUACAAACACCUUACAGUAAAGAUAAUAAGCUACCAACACAGCCCAAACGUAACCCUACAGCAAUGGUUGCUAGUGGAAGUUGCAAUGAAAAUGAGAACAAGUUGUUACAGGACGUCGACAAUCCAUUAUCUGAAUCAGUAAGUAAUGAAAAUGUAUGUAAUUGCUUGUCACACUUGGACAGUUGAACCUUGCUCCGAUCCAUAAGUUGUACUCCUAUAGUUGUCUGGAGGUGUAAUACUAAGAAUUACUAAGUCUGCCUUGUAUGAUAUUAUAUUCAGUCCUGCAAGUCUCAUGGUUUGAUCAUGAAACUCACAGUUUCGGUUAUAGACUGAUAUGGUCUCACAAUUCAUUGCCAAACAUUAUAAAAGUGCUGAAUAUAAUUUCUUAGAAAAACCUUUUAAAAAAGGUUGAAAACAUCGUUUUCAAAAGUUCUUACCCUAAAAUUUGUUUAAACACUGUUAUCACGCCAGUGAUUUUGUUCUACAUGUAUCGUAAUGCAGACCAUAAGAGAGUGUCUUGAAAACAAAGCCCCUAAGACCCCCAAUUUUUUAACAUAUUUUUUUUUAUGGGAGGGGGAGGGGAGGCCAUUCUUGUACAAUAAUCGGAAAAGUUUGAUAAAUUAAUAGUUUAAGUCUUCUUUUUGUAUUCUCUCUCUCUCCUUUUUAUCACUUCACCACAAAAUUGCCUUUUUCUGACAGUGGAGUUUGUCGUUAUUGAGGGGAGUGGGGAUGUGGGGUGGGUGGGGGAGAUGGAAUUUGAAAAUAGACUUAAAUAUUGAGAAAUACAAAAUCGUGUCCCUAGAAAUCGUGGAGCCAUGUUCGGAUCUUCUUCAGGCCUUUCUUCUUUUUUCCCCUUUCCCUUAGAAAAGCCUGAUACCCAGGCUAAAUUUAAUCCAGCUAUCCAACGAUAAGCCAUUUAUGGUACGUGAAACGAUGUAGGAUCCACUUGAGAUUUCCAAAAAAGGCGAUUUCCGAAGAAGAUCUGAACAUAGCUCUCACCCACUCACCCUCCCCCCACCUUCCCCCCCCCCUCCCCCCAAUAAAGACAAACUCCACCCCCAGAAAAAGACAACUUCGCAGGGAGGUGACAAAAACGAUGAGAGAGUACAGAAGACUUAAACUUUUAAUUUAAACUUUUCCAAUUAUUGUACAAGAAUGCCCCCCCCCCCCCCUAUAAAAAAAGAUAUUAAAAAAUUGGGUGGUCUUUGUUUUCAAGUUUUGGGGUCUUUAUUUUCAAGACACCCGACAUAAGAAUUAUAAACUAUACCUUCAAAACACGGAGUUCAUGCUAGCAAUUUUGUUCUAUACAAAUGAAAAACACUAACAAGAUAACAAGCCUCAUGCACCAAAAAAUUAGUCAACUGAAGUUAAGUGCUUCUUACUGUAUACCACUCUUUGAUCUCAGUGUUCUUAAAUUACAGAGUGUGUGCUUGGCUUGAGGCUGCUAAACACAUCUUCAUAAAUUGCUAGUCUUACAGAAACUAGCCCAUAGACUCAUGUUUUUUGCCAAUCCAAGAAUGCAUGUAAUGUUACAAUUUCUUUCUUAAGUGAAAUGCCUACCCAUUUUGUUAUUAUUCUUUGAGCAAAUGAGUAUCUUAAUGUAUGACAACCAUUUAAACAUUGCUCCUGGUAAUAUUAAGAAUAUGUUUAAGAAACAUUACUUGUUCAUAAUUGCCGGACUCAAUCUGUCACCAAUAAAAAUAUUUAUGUACAUACAACAAACAAAAAAUUAAAGCAUCGAUAAUUUGCUUUUAAUGUUUGGUGCCAUAUAAAUGAUUUGGAACUGGGUACCAUCAGAAUUGGUUUGAAAGUAAAUUACAGAAAACCCUUUUCAAGAUCUUUGAGAUCUUCACUUUUUUUUUCUGUAAUGACUUUUCUCUCCUCUUGUGCCCCUGUUGACUAGCUUCAGCUAGUUAUGGGCAUCAAGCACAUGGCCUUGUACAGGGCUCGAUGUUGCGACCUGUCGGGUCGCCAAUGCAACCAGCUUGUACUCAGUUGCAACUAGAUUUUCAUGCCUGGUCACCAACCUGGCCCUCAAGAUAGGUGACUUUCUUCUUUGGGAAAACGUACACUAAUGAUAAUUUGUUAUCAUUUACAAAACUAAUGGAUAGCUAUCGGUUUUUCUGGUAUCUUUAGGAUAAGCAGCUGAACUGCAUACUUUCCAUAAGAGAUAUUUGCUGGUCUUAUAGCCAAAUUCGUUGUAUAGCGCUGCGUGUUUGCAAACUUCAAAUGGGUUUUUCUGUUCCGUCAAUCAUUUGAGUGGGGGCAGAGUUACUGCAAAUCAUGAUACAAAGCACUCAUCCAGCUUGGCCAGCAAAAAUAAAACUGAGAAUGACUCUAGACUGCUGAAGAAUAGCGGAGGAAAUCGCGAUGAUGAGUGGACUUUUUGUAGAGGGCUGGAGGCAGACAUGCUUUAUUCUUGCAAGAGACAAGAAUAAGAAAGAUCAGAAAAAUCCUUGUAGAAAACUAGUCGAUUAUUGCCCAAAAGAGGGUGAUCACAAGCAAUGAACCGUGAAACACAGAAACAAACAAAUUGUAUCGAAAUGCACCAAUCACAAGUAAACAUGUGUUUCCUAAGAGGUCCGCUACUAUGAUUGACAGAAUAGAAAAACUCAAAAUUCCUUCGAAGUUUGCAAAACGCGCAGCAUACGUGAUACAAUGAAUUUGGCUAUACUUUAAAAAAAGAUACUUUGAGGAUGUUAUUAAUAUAUAAAAUAUGUUAUAUUUUUUGUAGCAUUGGUGUGCCAGUCCUCAAAUCUGUACAAAGGACAGGAAAAUAAUGGACCUUGCUUUGCCAAAAUUUAGAGAAACUAUUCUGGAUCAAGUGAAGGAGAAGUACAGAGUGAAUGACUGUCAGCGUGGCAAGUGGAUCAUAAGUAGAGGGGUAGUCUCCUUAAAAGGUACACUUGAAAGUUAAUUCAUAACUAGGGUGGAGAAAAACUGGUUUGUUGAUGAUUAUCAACUAAACAUAGUACAGCUAAAAAUUUCUGCUCACAGCCAUGUCCUCUCAUUAAUGGCCACUUGUAUGCUUUUGCCAUCAAGCAAUUAAUCUUAUUGGUGAAAAACCUAGUUAUAGGGGGAGGAAAUCAGCUGAUGUAAGGCAGAUGUGGACAGGCAGUGUCAUGAAUUCAUGAAUUUAAUGUAGACAUCAGUAACAUCCAAAAAAAUAUCUGUGAAUAUACUGUAUAACUUAACUGAAUUUGCUAAAAUGAAUUGGCCUCUAGAAAUUUACAUUUUGUUCUGCCUUUUUGGUUUGUUCUAUUAUUUUGGUUUUAUUGAAUUUUGUCUUUUUGGGUUGAUUGUACAAGCUUAAGUCAUGUGUCUUAACCCCCUCCUUACUCUCUAUCUCCAACACCAUUUUCUCAUCACUACAUGACAGAUUCUCUCUGAUUCCAUAUUCUUCCCAAUCACAGAGCAGUUUAAAUUUGGUGCACAGGCUGAAAGUGGGUUUCUGUCCCAUGAUUACUGGGCUACCUGUUGCACAAAUGCCAAAGUAGGAACUUUGGUAAUUUUUUUGUAAUACCUUCAGGGGUGUCUUACACGCAAGAGUUGUAGUGCAUUCCGAUCAAGCUGCAAAUACUUAAAACCUUAUAUCAAAUUAAAGCCUUUCCUAAUAAAUCACCUGUUUUUUGAAAAAUUGUACUGUUGAUUUUUUUAGGAUUUUUGCGAAUGUCCGAAUCAGCUUUUGAAAGCAAAAUCCUAGGUCAAUCAAACAAAUUCCGUCAAAGUCUUGGCUUGUUAAAGUGUCCCCUCUGAGCGAAAAAUAUAAGUAAAGAAGAAGGCAAUUAAGAAAGUCCCUCUCUUCAUAAACAAACUUGGCCCACAAAUACUUCUCAGGAGUCUGGGCACUUUGAAUUUUUGUGCUAUUUUUAUUUUUGAACAACUUCGCUUUUCUACUUUAGCCACAUUUGUAUUGGGAUCAAUAGUGAGAUUACUUUCAAGGCUGUGGAAAUUAUGAAAGACUGCAGCCACUGCUCGGUAGAAAACCAAACCAGUGAGAUGAUGGAAAAGAAGAAAAGACAAUUUUGUGGCUUCCACUGAGCCAACUAUUAACAUAGAAAAAAGGAUGAAAUAAUUUUAUUAGCAAUGGGACUACUCUAAGUAAACAUGAAGCACUCCACUCAGCUAAGACAAAUGGCCGAAACAUUCUUUAUAUUUGCUGUUAUUAUAUUUGUCAAUUGCCUAUCAAAAAUUUGUUUAAGAAAUUUAUUGUUGUUGCUUCUUUAAUAUUCUUCUUUACAAAUUAUACAGUCUGAAAUUAUGGUUACAUGCAAUGGGUUGCCUUCUUCAUUACAAUUUUAUUUUCACUUUUUCAGCAUAACAAAGUGGGACCUGACAAUGCUUAAUAUGUUCCUGAAUUUUUUAGACCCUUUCUGCUCUUUUGAUUCAUUUUUCUGCUGGCUUGAACCAAUGGAUUCAUUGAACUCCAGGUCGUAUUCACUGUCUUCAGACCAGUCUUGGAAGUAAGAUCCUUUAUCUGACUUAUCUGAAGUGGCAAGGCUAACUGUUAAGUCAUUUUUCAUUGAUAUUCCCUUUUGCCCUUCACUUUGGACAUGGACAUUUUAAUCAUUUCUGGCCACAUAGACAAUAAAAAAACAAUGCUGCGUUGAGUCGCUAACUUAAGGAAACGCAUUCCUGAUAUUCAUCCACCAGCCUCAUGGAAAUUCCUGUGAAAAACACCAUUAGGCUGUCAAUCAAAAGAGUAACUUUUAAUUCUGAUCAAUACAGAUGAAAAAUGGUCAUUUCUCUGCCAACACUCAGUCUUUUCCAAUUUUCUUUCUUCCUUGCAAAGAUCACACUAAAUCCUAAUUCUAUGAGCCAAAAAUCAUAAUUUUAACAAAAUUUUCCAUCUGAAGGUAUCCACGCAAGCUUCGUACAAGCUGCCAGUGACCAUCAACAGUGUCAAUUGUCCUUGUCAAGAUGUCACUGACAUGAUGACUACAUCUUUUUGAUAACUUUUUGUCUAUGUUUCAUUUUCAAUUGUUCUAUUGUAACUUACAAUUAUCUUUCCUGUAGAAUGUUCAAAAGCCAUUCCUCUGCAUGUAUUUAGGGAGCUAACAGGCUUUAACGUGGAUAAUUAAUUACAACAAGUUUUUAAAGAAGCUGGCCUGUGUGGCACACUAUACCAAAUUUUACCCUUGUGGUUAAAUCCUGUUGAUGGCAUAAUGAUGAUCAAAAAGGAAUUAAUGGGGAAGUUUUGCUGUUUUUUACCACAGAGAAUAAAGUAACAGUGGAUCAGGUUUGGAAGAAGGUGUGUUCACUGAUGAGAGAAGGACGUCUUCCUCACUGCAAUGGGAAAUUUCAGGUUGGUUUCAGCACAGAAUCAUAUCAUGGAGGCCUAAACUCAUCUUUGAUUUCAACAUUCUUUUUCUCAGGCAUAAUUCUUUGUAAUUCUUUGCGUUAAUGCUAUGGUAAUUUCCAUAGGCUCAGUUACCAGUAGCAACUGCUUGAGAAAUGAGCCCUUACUCAUACAUUUACUACUUUUAACUGCCCUUGCUUUUUGUAACCAAACAGCAAGAGUAAGUAAAUGUCAUUUGUGUGAUUUUGCAUAAAGUCAUAAUUAUAUAAUUCUAAUUUUUUUACUGACACCUAAAAUAAUUUUUUCCACUGCUUUGCAGAUUUAGUAUAUUUACAGGUUUAUAAACCUAUUCAGUUUUCACACAUGUAUGUUAAAGGAACACACAUGCACACAUGUGGCCACAGCAGGCCCAGCACACAGCCACAGCUGGUUUCUGUAGCAUUCACUAGUUUAGAAACGAGAAGGGAACUUGAGCCAAAAUGUCGCCAGUAACAGUCCCAGAAGUCCUUCUUGUUUUUUUAAGUGGUAAAUGAAGCACCUAAAACUACAUGUAUUGCAGUUAGUCCGCUUUGGAUGGGAUGCUAGCUAGUCCAUUGCAGGGUUUAAACCCUUAACAGUAUUUUGUGAAGGAAGACAUGGUCAAACAAAGUUCUUUUUUAAACUCAACUCAAACGCACUUUGUUACCUAGGGUGGAAAAAAAACUCACAAACUCCUUACCGCGCAUGGGAUAAAUGAUCAAUCUGGUUGAGUACCUUGAAACUGCUGCAGGAAAUUUAUGUGCCGGUCAGCCCAAAGCUGAAAAUCUAAAUAAAAUAUUUAUAUAGUGAUAUGUUUUUUUAAUUUUGGAGAUAAAAGUUAAGCAGUUAAGGACUUGCCCCACUUAGGACUUGUUCCCCUUAGGGCCAGUCGUUAAAUCAUUCUUGUCUAAGGCAAUAACAUAAUGGGAUGUCAGACUUGAACCACUGGACCUACAGACCUGAAAUUCAAGGUGCUAUGGUUGCUCUGUUCUUAUUCCAGGUGCAUUAAGCUAUGACAUUUUAUGUCAUACCGUAUUUCCUCGAAUAAUAGCCAUCGAAUAAUAGCCAUCAGCAAAACUGAUCAAUCACCAUUCAAGCUCUGACGCCGAGGAUAUUGUAAUUCAAAAUUAAUCAAGGAACGAAUUUUGGAACACUUAAAAAGUCCAUAUUCAGUUUAUUCGAUGUGAUUGUCUUUUUAUAUUUAAUGGGAUAAUAAAACAAAAUAUUUAGGGUACGACUUCCAGUGAGCAAUAUUUGAAUAAUCGCCUCCCUCAAAUAAUCGCUUUCCUUCGAAAAAUCGCCCUUUUUUGGUGCGAAAAAACUAAUAAUGGCCCCUGCCUAUUAUUCAAGGAAAUACGGUAACUUUGGCAGUUUCAAUGCCGUGGCUACAAAACUUUGAGAAGAACCACAGCUGUCUGUCAUUCGGCCGGCAGUAAUAUGAAAUAAUUUGUGUUACGGAUGAUACGCUGCGACUGUAGAACUAGCCUGUUCCAGGCUCCGAGAUGGUGGUGGAAAGUCGUUCAGUAAUAAGAAAGGGAAAAGUCGUUCAGUAAUAAGAAAGGCGAAAAACGCGCGGGGGCUGGGGAUAUUAAUACGUUUCCACUAUACUAUCUGAGAGCCUGGCACAGGCUACUGUAGAACAAGCCAAUUGUCACGCGGCUAAAACUAUUUGUGGUGGCGAAACUCCGUGUGAGCGGGUAUAUUUUACUGGUCGAUCAUGAAUCAACUAUGAUCUCGAAACUAGGAGCUAGUCUUUGAUGGUGAUUUUAUUGACGAUAAUCGAACCGUAAACUGAAAUAAAAUGCAACGUAACAAAUAAUUACUAAAAGCUAAAUUACAAUUAUGGUAUGGCUAACAGAUGACAUAUUACUAACAUUCCAAUCUUAUUUUCAUUUUUGUAGCUGUUCCGGUAUAAAAACCUUGCCAAAAACGUGUAAUAAGACAAAAGAAAUAUACUUGUUGAAAUACAGGAAUAAUAAAUUUACCAACUAGAAUAUUAGAAUAAAUAUACUGCAUGAAAGGAAUAAAAUCAACUUAAAUUUGGGUAUGCAGGAGUAAAGAAACUUUGCCAAAACAAUAAUGGUUGCUUCCUGCGAAUACUAUACUAAGAAACUAACAAAAUAAAUCUGAGAACGGACUACGUUUGCAAAGGCACGAAAACUAAAUAAACUAAUGAGAAAUGAAAUUCCCACGCAGAACUAAAGGUAAAACCUACUUGAAACUCAAAAAGGCGCAGUCACGUAAUGGUGCGAUAUACUGUGUAUUACAAUAAGUUCUUGCAGGAAUAUUUAACAAUUAUUCCUCGAGCCCGAAUGGGCUCUGAGUCAAUAGCCCAUGAGGCCGAGGAAUAAUUGUUUUAGUAAAAUCCAACUAGUUGGUCAAAAAUACCGAGACAAAACAACUUUUAGCUGGUUAAAGCUAGACGUAAAUCCCUUUUGACCGCCAAAAAUCCGGCGCUCUUCGCUACUAGUGGGCUAUAACAUAUAGCCUAGUAGUAGCUCAACCAAUCAGAACGCAGCAUUGAUAAUGAAUUUUACUAAACUUUAUUAGUCGCCAGGUAGACAAAACUACAGAAGGUAAAAUGUACUUAAAUAUCAGUUCCCGCUUGCCUCUAAAGUACCAAGAAAUGAACUAUCCAAAUAGACUACAACGAUGUACACAUGAAGACGACAAAAUCCAACUAAAGCUUAAGUUAAGAGACCAUGCGUUUUCUACGUAAAAAUAGGCGUUGUCUAAGGAAAUGAAACUAGCAAAUCAGAAAAGCUUAAGGCGAGAGAUAUCAUACAACUAAAUCAAUAAAGCUUUGUUGUGAUGUCAUUUACAAUUUGAUUCUACUGCUGAUUAACAUUUUUACGAGAUUAGGUGUAAGUGGACCCUUCACGUUGAAGGAAAUAGUGUCUAGAGAAAAAUUUUGCUGAAUAUAUUUUUGGCUGAAAUUUUUUGUAUGAAAGCUUUUGCUGAUAUAUAGUAAGUAUAAUGGCAAAUAAACUUCAGACAAAUCGUUAAAGCAGAAGUCCAUGACUAGAAAGUCUUCCAGAAUUCAGCUUUCAAAUCUUAGAAUUUUAACAGGGAAUUGUUUAGAGGCAGAGCGAGCUGUCAAUUCUAAUUUUGGGAACAAGUAUGUCUAGUGCCUGAACAUGCUUAUUCUGAAAACGAAUGCGAUUGGCAAUUGUGCCAAUUCAAAAGUACACUAUGGCUUUGCAAACAGUAUGAAUUCCUCCAAACAGAGGUUUUCAUAUUCAACAUUUUUUAAAUAUCCGCCAGUAGUUUAUGCUCAUACUCCUGCUACAUGCAGGAGCCAUGUUAAUUUUUUUACUGCUGUGUGUUGCUUCCGAUUCAAAAAACAGAUAAUUGGCCUGAGCGGAAAAUACCAUAAACUGUCAUUUGGGUGGCUCUUCAUAUAAACCUUACUUUACUUUACUUGUUUUUUGCACGAACUGCACGUGCAAGUCCUGCAGAGAAGCAAAAGUCGGGUUUACAUGGGCGCGCCACCCAAACGGAAAUUUAAAGAAUAUUAUGGUAUUAAUUCGCUAUAGCCAAUAGAGAUGAGAAGUGUGACGUCACAUUACCAUGGUAGCAAAAUUUUUGCAUCUCAACAAAAGGGACCUUAGGCAACAACGAAGGCGACGGCAACGAGAACGGCAAAAAAGCAAUAAGAUUAUAUUAGUAGUACACCAACUUUUAACCAUCGUUGCACGACUACAACAUGAAUCCUCCUAAUUUCAUGCGCCUGCUUUACGGAGUAGGAGAUCACACCACAAAAAGUUUCUUUUUCUAUUUCUAAACUCAGGUACGAUCCUUGAAUAUUGAAUUUGAAUAUUUAAUUUUCAAAUCAAAUAAUAUUUUAUAAUUAAUUUUUUAAUUAUGAAUUAAAUAUUAUGUCUUGUCCAUGCGGCCCUUUUUUACAGGUUACAGGCGGCGUUUAUUUAAAACUUCCUAUAUGCAAGUAAUGGUAGUAUGUACUUAAAAGUCCCAUUGCACUCUUCUGAGUAAACACAGUUAGAACUUCAAAUCUUCAAUAGGUAUCAUUUGAAGAUUUGUCUUAAGGUGCCUCAUUAUGUAUGAUGUAACAACUGCCCAAUAAAAAAUCCCAGCUGUUUUUUUCUAGAAAGCCCAGCAAGAAGUGUGGGUAUACUGUGACUUCAGACACUCGCUGAAGGUAAGAGUUCUGGAUUCUGUCACUUGUAUUGUAGGUAGUACUGUUGCUAUCAGCAUUUGUAUCUGGUCAGUGAAUAUUGUAAUGGGUUGAUGAAUACUGGCAAAGUCAAACAAUUUACAAUCAAUUAUUAUGAAUACAUAUACAAUACAAUACAAUACAAGGGCCAUUUAUACGAGGAAAGAUAAGACGCGAACUGUACCAUUUUAUACGAGUAUGUCUUAUCUAAUAAGACGCGUCUUAGCUAAGCCGCGUCUUAUUUUAGACGAAAUGUACCGUUUAUACGGAAAGUUCGCGUCUUAUGUAAGACGCGUCUUAUUUUUCCUCGUAUAAAUGGCCCUAAUGUUCAUUGACAAACAGUUAAAGAAAACCGAAAAGAAUGUAGUUAAAAUUCUAAAACGACUUAGAAUUUUCAAAGGACGUAUACAAAACAUGUACCCCGGUCCAUGGACUUCAUCUGUGGACCUAGUCCAUGGACCCCUUUCGUGAACCCGGUCGAUGGACUACACUUGAGGACCACCUAUAAUUUUUCUAGAUGAAUUUUUCCAGAGGUCUUCAUUGAGUGGAAUGAUUAGAAAUCAGUAUUUCAGCAAUUUGACAAUUCUGUUGAAGUAAAGUAAUGAUGUUAAGGUAUCAAUCUUAACAUUAAAUGAUACAUAAUUUUAUUGCACAUGUUAGAUGAUCGUUUGAGCAAAGUAAUCUCGUAAAGUCCAACAUCUUCACGUGCAAAUUGAGUGCAUUAGUUAUUUUUCUAAUCCUGUUUACUAGAUUACUGUGUGAUAACUCGAAUUCUUUCACGGAAGGGGGCAAAGUCCAACACUUUCACGUGCCUGAUGCGUGACUGUACAUCUCAUGCAGAUUGGGUUUUGAGGUAUUUUGAAAAAAUAGCUCAUAUGUCAGUGGUUUGGUUGUAUGUAUCUUUGUGGCUUUGUGGCUUUGUAUGUUCGGAUGUUUGUCGCAGGGGCCAAUAAGGUUGAAGGUACUAUGAGUUGAUGCGUAAGAACCAAUGAGAUUUUGGCAUCUAACAAUUAAUGAUUGCUUAAGGUCAAACAAGCGUACUUAGAGACCGCCAUCUUGAUUCUUCACAAUUUUUACGUCUUUUAUUACGGGCUAAAGGUUUUUAGAAGCGUAACAUUGAAAUAUCUUCAUGAUUCAAACGCUGAGUACAGUGAUGGAGCUAUUGAGGGGUGCAUAUUUUAGUGCGGCUGCUGCUUCAACACAUUUGACCUAAUUCGGCUAUCGCGAACGGUACAACACACGUUUUUCCGUGCUUCAAGGUAGAGUAUAAAAGAUCAUAUUUUUUUCAACGUUUUUCCAAGAAAACAAUAACUGAAAUUUAGAUAUGGACUGUAACUCGGAAGUUUGCGGCCUAUAAAUUGUUGUUUUAGAAGUUUGAAAGGCAAGGCGAGUAUUGUUAAUUUUGUAAAUAAGCUUUAAGCUUUAUUCUUUCGCUUACAAAGUUCAACAGACGUUUUUCGUACCUGCCAAAAAAACAUGAAUUAGGUGAGGAACAUGAUACACGCUUGCUGCUUAAGACUUAUUAUAGUUAUGGAAAGGUAUCACUUUUAUUUUAUUAGUAAAGAUGCGUAACUUGAGUCGAAACAGUAGCGGUCAGGGAAUUAAAUUGGAAGAAGCUAGUUGACAAAAUAAUUAUAUUAUUGUUUUAUUGAGUGGAAUAACAUGAUAUGUGUAGAAAUAUAUUUCGGCAGUUUGAUAAUUUUCUUGGAAGUUAAUAAAUGGGAAAAAUUUCCGUAUAACCCCAUACAUUAAAUAAUUAUGCGUUCUGUGUCAUUAAUUAUGCAUCCGUCUUAUUGUCCUCUAAGACAAUGGGGAGUAUUGCAUAUAUACAUCGGUAAUGAAUACUUACUGUGUUGAUAAAAGAGGAUUUCAAUUUCUAUCUUUUUCUAUCCUCCUCUUUCUCUUUUUUCCCCUCUCAUUCACCUACCACUCUCUCCAGUGUCCCCCGGUUUCCUUUUUUGUGGCUUUGUUUUUUUUGCCACGUAUACUUGCGUUCUUUCCUGCUUUGUGGGGUUUUUAUUCCCAAGUAUAUGACCAUUUUCUUACAAACGCGCAUAUAUAUGCGCACAAAAAAGCCCAUAUAUAUUCGUUACAAACAAGCAUACGUAUAUGGGGUCACAGAAAGUCGUCGUAUAAGAGGCACCGAAUUAUACCGUCAGCAAAAAAAUCCUUCAUGUACGAUGGAGCUGAAAAGUAACUUCAGUUUGAAUUAAGCAUGGCCGCAAUGGCCGCGUUAAUUUCAAACCACCUCACACUGGUGGCGGUUGUUAACUCCCCGACAACGGAUUUGUUGGAAUCCGCGGAUUGUCUCUUUAGAGGCCGUGUACGCUAUUUCACGAAUGCUGACCUAAACAGCAGUCGAUUCAGUUAAAAAUGAGCGUCUGACAGGCCAAACACGUCUCAUAAGCUCGUGUAAUAAUGUGAAAGAUGACCUUGAGAGUCUGCUUGAACAGAUCGGUUUUUCUUCUUUUCUCUCUCUCUCGCGCGAAUUAUCACCUUUUCUCCUCCACGAACACGUUCUAAGCCUUCUAAUCUCGAAGCUUCUUUUAGUUUCCCUAAAUUCACUCUAUAAAUUCCAUGUUUCUUGUUUUGUAUUCUCACACUUUAAUAGCCGUCCACCUCUUUCCUUGCUCCUCCACUUUAAUUGUAGCCUCCCCGCAGACGUCCUUUGGGGUUCGUUUGUCACGCAUUCUGGGGGAUUCAAUAAAGCAAGAACUUUUCACUUCUCCCCCAGAAUGCGUGACAAACGAACCCCAAAGGACGUCUGCGGGGAGGCUACUUUAAUUGUGAUUUACAUGGUUAUCUAACUCGUUCUCGUUCAACUUGCAUAAAAUGUCCCUCAGGUAUCAAUUUCUACUUCGGCGGAGCGCGAAGUGAAGGAUUCGCCAUUUUUUGACAAGAUUGGGCAUGCAAAGUUUAUAGGUUUUCGGUUUUAUUCGGCUAUUUGACGAAGUGAGAGCCGAAUUAGUUCGAGAUAUCUCGAGAUCACUUCGAUUUCUUUGAUUUAUUCUUUAACUUUUUCGAGGAAGAAAGAAUUAUUAUUUUGGCUUCCCCGGGGUUUGAACCGACUCACCUCAGUGACCCGUCAGAUCAGAGGAGACUCUAAGUUGAGGGAUUAGUCGAUUGCGCUACUGCGACCCAAGGUAGUUCUGGAUAUGAAAAAUAGUUAUGAAAUUAUGCACUAGUUUCGGGACAAGAUUGGGCGUGCAAGUUCGCGACUUUUCGGCUUGUUUCGGCUAUUUCACGAAACGAAACCGGACUACUUUGUGAUAUCUUGAGAUCACUUCGAGUUCAGUCUUUAAUUUACUCGAGGAAUGAAUAGAGGAUAUUACGUGGCCGCGCAGAGACACGAAAUUUCUCUUCUAGUGGUGAAAAACAUUUCACGAGUGAGCCCUCCUUUCGAACUGCUUGAUGAUGAAUUUAAAGUUACAAAAUGCUGCACAAAGACAUUUUGUCUUUGUUGAGUGUUACGUAGUAAAAUUGCUUUCAUGCGUUGCGUGACUUUCUCGAACGUUCUCUACUUUUUUGGAUUAUUUAUGAAUAAUUAAUUAGGGCAUGUUUACAUUCAGCAUGAGUCAGCAGAUUUGCAUCAGUUACUGAAAUCAUAAAAUAUGUCGAAAAGCUACUACUACUCGCCCGUUUAGUAUUUUCUAGAACCUUAUGUCAAACGGUAUACAAUUUCCAAUCGAGGUGUUUUGACGAACUAAGUUUUUUUCUCACGAGCUGGACUGCUGUGUUUAGUCAAGCGUGACGAAGGUCGGUUUUCAAUUUCUGUGUUUACAAGUUGGCGGAAGCCGUAAGAUAUCUGAAGUUCAAGUGAGAGUUUGUUAUUAUUGGUAGAGGCUGUUCAGUUGUAGUUAAGUUCAAGUCAAGUUUGUGUUGGCUGAAAAGGCUAUGUUCCUUUGGUAUUAAACUUCCUUGUGUUAAUCCGACAUUAACACCUUACUCUUACCAUGUUUCAUUUCUUACUAUUCCUCCGCAUUUACAAUUAAUCAGUUGCUCAACCACAACGCCGAAGUGUGCGCUCCGUAGCGUCUUGUUGCUAUUAGUUCCCAAGCCCCGAUUAUUUGGCCAAGGCUAUCCCAGUGAUAUCCCCUUGACUGUCCGUAACAGCCUGUAACCACCACUGAUUUUAAAAAGAAACUAAAACUUUACUUUUUAAGCCUGAAUUGAAUUAGCGCAGGAUUAUCAUAGUUUAUUGUUAGUUUAGUUGUCACUAGUACUGCUUGCAUUACUUAAUUUAAGUUUUGUAUCUUGUUUUAGUUUUGUAAUUUAGCCUUCAGUCUUCAUUUCUACAUAAAUAAUUUCUGUCAUCUUGACCACAGAUCGUAUAAGCCCCCGGUUUUGGCUUUACUGAGUUUGUACUAUAUGAACGAAGGAAUAAUAAAGUUAAAGUUAAAGUUACUAGCACUACAGAGAAUUUCAUGCAUACUGAGUAAUCAUCUCCUGUGGUUUAUGGUUCUUUAGGUGUUAGUAAGUAAGUAAGUAAGUAAAGCCUUUAUUUAAAGAGGGUAGCACCUAAUAGCCAAAGGCUAAUAAACUUGUGGCCCUCAUAAAAUACACAACUAUUUACAAUCUAAUAAAUAUUGUAAGCUAAAAUAUAUAAACAUUUAAAAUAAAACAAGAUUCGAUUUUUAUAUGAAAAAAAAUAAAAAAAUAAAAUAUUAAAUGAUAAAAUGAUGCAAACAUUGUUGUUCCUUAAAAAUCUUUGCAAACAUGUUCUUUUUAAAACAUGCUACAGAAUCUAGUUUCCUAAUUUCAAUUGGUGUACUAUUCCACAGUCUUGUUGCCGAAACAGUGAUAGGAGUUGACCUCAGAUGCAUUCUUUGACCUCUGUUUAAGCCUACAGAUUUAAUUUAGUAUUACGGCUAAAUAAAAAUUUAAGUUUGUAUGGCUUUCUCCGUAAAUCCUGGAUCUGCGGAAUAACUACAUGCAUGCAUGUAAGUUUCUUUGUCCGGGAAUGUGAUUAUUUCCUGCUGUGCCCGGGGGGAGGGUACCCCCUAUGAUGGCCUAUACGGGGAGGCUCCACCCGAAAUCCCGGAGAGGUACUCAACAAAUAUUUGUACUGGGAGGCUCCGCUCCGAGGUCCAACCCCUUACCCGUCGAGAAAGCGUUCUAAAUUUCUGACUGAUUCCUAUUUUAUGACAGUGCGGGUUUCCCGCAGUUAAAACGGAUACAAAGUUCUAAGCAAGGUAUGUGAAAGGAGUACCAUUUGUCAAUAGAAGGUAUACGAAAUCGUGAAAAAUGGUAUGUAAAAGGUUUAGGGGUGGGCCUCCGACGUAUAAAAAUUGGUUGAGUACCCAAACCCCCCCCCCCCCUCCUGGGCUGCCAUGUCAGUAUGACGCUGGGCCCAGCUCAUAAGUGUUGUUUCAAGGAUUUUGAAUUUUCACGGAUAGUGAGACCUUCAGAUUUGAGUUGUACACGGUAGCUUAAACUAAAGCUACCGGCCAAGUAUGCAGAAUUAUGCUCUGCGUGAGUCAAGAUCAUUCUCUCACCGCUGAUAGCCUGAUGCAGUCCAUUUAAUUUUGGGGGGAUCAGAAGUGAGUCUUUAAACUAAAGUGGGAUGUCUUGUUGUUCCUUCGUAGGAAUUUACUGUUGUGUCUAUGCGAAUGUUAUGAAUCCUGCAAGAAUGCAGUUCCUCGUCGGUUGCUACUAUGGUAAAGUCUUUGGUGCAGAGAGCGAAACUAGCUGUUUAAAUACUAAUGGCUAUAAUCGAAAAUACUUAUUUGCCAUUGGCUGCCAGAAAACGCCAAACUGAAGUUAUAAAUAAAAUAUCCUUUUAAAUAUAGUAAUCGGGGCUUGAGAACUAGUAGCAAAGUGAUACCUGAGGGACAUUUUAUGCAAGUUGAACGAGAACGAGUUAGAUAAUCAUGAAAAUCACGAUGAAAGUGGACGAGCAAGGAAAGAGAGGCAGGUGGAAGGCUAUUGAAGUGUGAGAAUACAAAACAAGAAACAUGGAAUUUAUAGAGUGAAUGGAGGAAAAGAAUAAAAAGCUUUGAGACUAGGAGGCUUAGAACGUGUUCGUGGAGGAGAAAAGGUGAUAAUUCGCGCGAGAGAGAAAAGAAGAAAAACCGAUCGGUUCAAGCAGACUCUCAAGGUCAUCUUUCACAUUAUCACAUGAGUCGUGUUUGGCCUGUCAGACGCUCAUUUCUAACAGAAUCGAUCGUUGUUUCGGUCAGCAUUCGUGAAAUGGCGUACACAGUCUCUCAAGAGACAAUCCACGGAUUCCAACAAAUCCGUUGUCGGGGAGCCAACAACCACCACUACUGUGAGGGCAAUGAAUAAGAACCAAACCUUGCUCGAGAUAAACGCGGCCAUUGCGGCCAUGCUGAAUUCAAACUGAAGUUACUUUUCAGCUCCAUCGUACAUGAAGGAGUUUUUUGCUGACGGUAUAAUUCGUUGCCUCUUAUACGACGACUUUCUGUGACCCCAUAUACGCAUGCUUGUUUGUAACGAAUAUAUAUCAUUCUCGUCCCCAGAGCCCGUCGUUUUCGGUUACAAAUUAAGCCGAGUGGCUCUGGGGACGAGAAUGAAUAUAUAUGGGCUUUUAUGUGCCGCAUAUAUAUGCGCGUUUGUAAGAAAAUGGUCAUACACUUGGGAAUAAAGACCCCACAUAGCAGGAAAGAACGCAAGUAUACGUGGCAAAAAAGCGCACGUAUAUCGUGUAGCAGAAAUGAUUGCAAGUAUAAUAUCGUGUCAUAAUUAUGGUACGGUUUUGUUCAGUCUCAAGUUAAUAAAACCAUCUUUAUUAGAGAAGACUAUCUCCUACAGAAAGCUUAAAUCUAUCGACUUGAAUUCCCUCCAGUCCGACCUGACUGCCACUGAUUUAUGCAGAAAUCCACCUGAAGUCCUGGAAGAUUUACCAGGUCUAUCAAAGAGAGACCUCGUGUGCCUUGGCUCAAUGAGGAGAUUAAGACGGCUAAAUGUGAAAGAAGAAGGGCUGAAAAGAGAUGGAGAAGAAUUAGAUUAGACUCUGACCUAGCUGCCUUCAAGGUAAAGAGGAAUGCAGCAACUGCUCUGAUGAACAAGGCUCGUAGGGAAUUUUACUCUAAUUUCAUUGAGGAGAACAGCGGGGUUCAAAAGAAGCUGUUUGCCGCUAGUAAUCGCUUACUAAACAGAGGAUCUUCCGACGUUCUACCUCCCACUAUUGAUAGGGCUCAAUUCGCCGAGGACACUGGGAAGUUUUUUUGUACAGAAAAUAGUGCAUAUUAGGGGUCGCCUCGAUUGUCAUAGUGCUGUAAACUAUCAUAAACCCGACAUAGAGGGCAUUGAGUCGUCUUUCGUCCACCUCACUGAAUUUAAGAUGUUAACGGAAGAAGAUGUGAAGUCUCUUAUGCAGCAUUUGUCUCUAAAAUCUUGUGCUCUUGACCCUAUGCCUUCAACUUUGUUCAGCCGAUGUGAUGUCCUACUUCCUGUACUUACAAGAUUAAUCAAUAUGUCCUUAAAGUCUGGUCAAUUUCCUGUCGCCUGGAAGGAGGCUUUAGUCUUACCGUUACUUAAAAAACCUGGCCUCGACAUUCUCUUCAAGAAUUUUCGUCCCGUUAGUAACUUACCAUUUGUUUCGAAGCUGACAGAGUCAGCCGUCUAUAACCAAACUCAUGGUCACAUUUGCAUGAACAAUCUUUACCCUGCCAAUCAGUCAUCUUAUAGGAAGAACUAUAGCACAGAAACAGCGUUGCUGAGAGUGAAAAAUGACAUUUUGUUGAACAUGAACAAACAGCAUGUAACACUACUGGUUUUGUUAGAUUUUAGUGCGGUAUUUGAUCCUGUGGAUCACAAUGUUUUACUCAGUCGGCAUCACUCAAAAUUUGGUAUAUCUGGAACGGCACUCGAAUGGUUCCGUUCCUACCUUAAUGGAAGAUCUCAGCGUGUUAUGGUCCAAGGAAAUUUAUCUCAGAGUUUGAAUUUGGACUUCGGAGUACCGCAGGGCUCUUGCCUCGGGCCAUUGCUUUUCAAGAUUUAUGCAAGCAAAUUGUUUGAUGUUAUCACGGUGCUCCUUCCCACGAUUCACUGCUACGCUGACGACACGCAGUUGUAUGUGUCUUUCAGUCCAAACAUAAGCACCAGGCAAUUUGAGGCUAUCACUGCUAUACAGCACUGUGUGGAUUAUAUACGUAAUUGGAUGACCAAUGAUAAACUACUUGUCAAUGACGAUAAAACAGAAUUCCUAAUGAUUGGUAUCAAGCAACAACUAGCCAAGGUUAAUAUUGAUCAUAUUUUAAUUGGAGACCGUGUAAUUAGACCAAAAGGGGUAGUUAAAAACUUAGAGACCUGGUUAGACUCAACUCUUUCAAUGAAUUCUCAUGUAAAUAACACUUGCUCCAAUGCUUUUUAUUACUUGUAUAAUAUAAGAAGAAUAAGGAAACAUCUUUCUAGGCGGUCCACUGAGACGCUCAUUCACGCAUUUGUCUUAAGUCGUGUCGACUAUUGUAACAGCUUGCUCUAUGGCCUGCCAGCUUACCAGCUUAAUAAGCUACAGAAACUUACAGAGGGUCCAAAAUGCUGUCGCUAGGUUAAUUUCCCUGGAAUCUAAAUCCUGCCAUGUAAGACCGUUGCUGUAUAAUCUGCACUGGCUGCCGGUUAAAUUCCGAAUUGACUUUAAGUUAUUAUUGUUAACGUAUAAGGCUAUCAAUGGCUUAGCGCCUUUUUAUCUCCAGGAACGUAUUAGUCUUAAAGAAGCAUGUAAAUACAAGUUACGCCCCGAUUGUGAUGGACUGCUACUAAACCCUGUGAAAUUCAAGACUUUAACAAUGUUAGGAGAUCGAUCUUUUGCUGCUGCUGCUCCUCAACUAUGGAAUUCAUUGCCCUAUUCAAUUAGGAGUAGCCCCUCAGUAGCAUCUUUUAAAAAGACACUCAAGACAUUUUUAUUUCAGAAAGCUUUUUUGUGAUUUUAUGUGCUUUUUAAUCUCGUUUUAGUAGGUUUUAUGCAGUUUUUUACGAUUUAAGUAGUCUAGGUAAUUUUUAUAGUUUUAGUGUUGACAUAAUUGUUUUACUCUUUUUGGUAGGUUCAUGCACUUUUUGUAUGUAUACUUUAUGCAGUCUUAGUGUUUUUUGUUUUUUGUUUAAUAUUUUUAUUUUUAAGCGCUGAUGAAAAUAGCAAUAUUGAUAUAGGCGCUAUAUAAGUAUUAUUAUUAUUAUUAUUAUUAUUAUUUUGAAACAAAUGGCCGACCAUACAGGAAGGGCUUCCAGCGGUAAGUGAUUUACGGUAACGUUUUUUGCGACAAAAAAUUGUACAGCCUCGCUUUUAAAGGUAUGACUAAAGGUAUGAACUAGCUUUCUACGUCCGUUUGCGAUGUGUUUGUUGGAUUUUUUAUCUCGAAUCAAUGAAUUAUUGCUGAUUUUCGGGUGAUUAAAGUGAUGCACUUCGACUUGGUGAAAACAACAUGGCGGCCCUAAACAAUGUUUAGUAGUUCAAAUCGAUUUUAUAUUCCUUCCUGCUAUACUAACAAAAGAAAGUAUUCUGUUCCAAUCCAGAGUCUAUCUAUCUUGUUACUAAAUUCAUAACUUAACUCAUCAGUCUCUGUUUAGUUCCUAUUUUUAACGUAUCACUCCGCAAAUUUCAUUUUAUUUUGCUUAUUUUUUUGAGACUGGGGAGCCCAGGCUUCGUAAGCCUUCUGGUUUCUUCUGGGCUCCCUUGCAACCUUACAAUUCCUAUAUGUAUUUGUAGUACCGCGGUUAGGUUAAAACACACUUUAUUCACGACCGUUACACUCCGAACUCAGAACGCUAACCGACUCGAAUAAAUUACAACGCACGCUAUCUAUAGUACAUGCAAAUUACGUAAUUCCCGUGUGUAUUACAUCACAUUCAUUCUCUCGCUUCUACGCGCUUGCAUUAGCAUCGUAUACACUACAUUCCCUUCUUUGAUCAAAUUUAGCAGGAAGGCAGUUUUUUUUAAAGGCUGCAAAAACCCUAAAUGUUCAGCAAAACAGUCUUUGAAUUAAACUAGACAAAACAGGAAAAAAAAAAAGAAGAAGUCCUAAACAUCCAGGACAAAGUCUUUAUAGCGCGCAGGCUGUCUUAUAGUUCGGAUCGACCUCCGCACAGGCCUUUCCGCUGCGUUAUCUUCCUUUUCGGUAGAAUGCCCAGCUUGUACUUGGGAAUUUUCAGAUACUCCUGUAGUCCCUGGAAUUCCGCUUGGCCCUGAUACCUCUGUCGUCUCCGGAACUCUGCUUGGCCCUGGCUCAUCUGUCUGUACUGUAGAACUUGCUUGUACCACUUGGUCUUCGUUGCCAUUGGAUACACCGUUGUGCUCGUUGUACCUCUUUACGAACGCAGUGUUCCUUGUCAGUUGCACACCAGCUUCGUUCCUAAGCGUUACCUCUGUUCCUGUCCUCUGAACCACCUUAAAAGGAGCAGGGUUGAAGUUGGUAGACAGCUUGUUCGUUUUUUCGGCUUUCAAAAGUACCGUGUCACCAACACGUAUGCUUUUGGGCGUGGCACCUCUCUUGAGAUCUGCAUAAGCUUUGCCCUUUAAUUUACUUGACCAAUCCCGCUCUCGCACUUCUUCGCCUGGCACCCCGACCGUCUCUCUCCUUAACUCUGGCAAUUUGGACCUAACCUCGUGGCCAAACAUCAUGUAACAGGGGGUAGUCCCCGUCGUCGUUUGCGGAGUGGAUCUGUACGCCAUCAACCAUACAAGCAAUUCAGUUCUCCAGUUCUUUCCUUUUAAAUGUGCAAUCUGUAGACAUUUAAGUAACGAGCGAUUUUGACGUUCCACCUCUCCAUUAGCUUGAGGCCACAACGGCGUCGUUUUCCUGUGCUCAAUACCAUUUGUGCGUAAAUAUGCUUCAAAUUCUUCGGAUACGAACUGGGGCCCAUUAUCUGUCCUUAAAGAGAACGGAAAACCGAAUCUGGCAAACAUGGGUGCAAGUGCUUCGAUGACCUUGGCACUUGUUGUAGACUUCAGAAUAGCAACUUCUAAGAAACGACUGUAGUAAUCGAUCACCACCAAUACACUCUCUCCUGUGGGUAGGGGUCCCAGCAGGUCUGCUCCACAAUCCUGCCAAGGAGCACUUGGAGGAAGAACGCGGGACAUCGGCUCAGGAGGGUUAAAUCCAGAAGUGACCUGGCAGCCAUGACAAACUUUACAAAAUUUCUCAACUUCCUUGUCCAUUCCCGGCCACCAAACUUUACUACGGAGCCGAUACUUCGUCUUCACUAUACCCUGGUGCCCUUCGUGUGCCAGCCGCACCACCCUGUUGCGCAGGAGCUUGGGAACCACAAUCCUUGUGCCGCGAAGCAAUAGCUCACCAUAGACGCAUAAUUCGUCCUUGACUUGUGCAUACGAGGGAAGUGUACACCGGUCCCAGUCCCCUGACCUCACGCAACUCUUUACUAUCGUCAAUUCUUCGUCAAAAUAGGAAGCUUCUUCAACUUCUGUAGGUGAUAGAGCAACGGGUAUACAGCUUAUAGCAAUGGCUCUGACAAAGUCGUAGUCUUCUCCAUGGUCCACUUGAUCCAAGGAGUUCAAACGGGACAACGCGUCGGCUAUAUUUGUCUUCCCUGGGCGGUACACCACUUUAAAAUCGUACCCUUGUAGUCUUAAGACCCAUCUCUCUAUUCGGGCGCAAGGCUUUGAGGUGCGCGAGUAGACACGCUCUAAAGGCUUGUGAUCUGUUUCCAACUCGAAGCUCUGUCCGGAAACGUACAUGUUGAACCGUUCACACGCCCAAACCAAGGCAAGUGCCUCUUUCUCUGUUUGGCUGUAGCGUCGUUCCACGUCAGUUAGGCUCCUCGACGCGUAGGAGACAACUCUCCACAUUCCCCCCUGCUGCUGGGUGAGAACCGCUCCUAAUCCAACUGGAGACGCAUCGGCAAUGAUUCGCGUUCUGCAGCCAACCUUAAAAUAAGCCAGUGUCUCUGCCUUGGUGAUUAGACGCUUCAGUUCCUCAAAGGCUGUUUGCUGCUCUUUACCCCAGUGAAACACGAUGCCCUUCCUGGUUAACUCUUGAAUAGGCUUGGCCACGGACGCCACGUCAGGCAUGAAUUUAGCGGAAUAUUGGACAAGACCCGUAAACGAUCGCACUUCACUUGCGUCUUUGGGAGAUCUAGCGUCUCUUAUAGCAGCAAUCUUCUCUUCGGAUGGGUUUAUGCCGUCACUAGUCAGCUCGUGACCAAAGAACGUAAGCCUUGACAAUCUAAACUCGCACUUGUCUCCGUUCACCGUCAACCCCACUUCACUCAGCCUAUCUAACACCGCAAAAAGACGCUUGUCAUGUUCCUCCACGUCACACCCAUGAACAAUGAGAUCGUCCGCAAUGUUCGCAACCCCAGCACAACCCCUUAACACAUCUCUAAUGAUCUGCUGAUAUUUCUCCGGCGCCGACGUUACGCCAAACAUCAACCGCUUGUAACGAUAAAGCCCUCGAUACGUGACAAAGGUAGUGAUGUGGCGACUUUCCUCACUGAGUAAAAUCUGGUGAAAACCCCACUUGAGAUCUAUCUUGCUGAACACCGUACUGCCAUUCAAGUCGUGUAACAGCUCCUCAACGGUUGGAAUUGGGUGACACUCUCGGACGAUUGCUUCAUUUGCACGACGCAUAUCAACACAGACUCUUACGUCGCCAUCGCCUUUGGGAACCACCACCAACGGCGAAAUCCAUCCUGACGGCCCCUCCGGCACUUCCUCUAUAAUGUCAAGCUCCAAAAGUUCAUCCAGCUUUGCAUCCACUUUCUCGCGUAACCCGAACGGUAUCCUGCGUACAUGCUGCGCUACAGGCUUCACCGACUCAUCAAUGUGUAGCUUAAGCUCGUAGCCCUUCAAAAGACCAACACCACUAAACAAGUGCUUGUAUUUCUCUCUGACAUCCCCGUCCGAUCGCCCACCGUCAACACUGUUUGUCUGAAAAGGACCAAUACGCAACAGGUUUAGCGCCUCGGCAGUCUCUCGGCCCAACAGCGUGCGACCAUCGCCUUCAACCACUACAAAAUCAGCAUUACUUCCGUUUUCAAACCCAGCCAGCGUGACAUCUGCCGUGAACGUUCCUAGGGUCGGUAAAGGUUCUGUACCACCAUAAGCAAAAAGUUCCUUUGCAGAUUUGCGAGAUUCACAGUUAAUCCCCUUUUGCUUUAACAACUCCCAGGUCUGCUGGCCCAUAACAUUACAUGAGGCUCCCGAAUCAAUGAGAACAUCGGGUACGUCUACACCACCAAUGACCAGCGUUACCAAAGCGCUCCUUUGUUCCUUGCGAUCAUUCACCUGUUCCACUGAAAAGGCAUAAUCGGGUCUUUGCGAACGACCUGGUGUAGCGAAGUCUCCUUUGUCUUCUUCUCCAGGUCUAGGUCUUCCAGUCACGAGGUUCGUCUCUCGCCCUCCGCGUCCGCGUCCACCUCGACCCAGUCCACCAGCACUCCUGCCUCCUCUGCCGCGUCCGCCUCUGCUACUCUCAGGCCCUCUAGAUCCCGAAUGGGUCCUGCUUAGCUGAUGGAGUCGAGGGCAUUUAACUUUGAAAUGGCCUGUUUCGCCGCACUUCCUGCAAGUUUGACCACGCGCCGGGCACUUUUUGUCUUGACUGAAGUGUCCUUCUUGUCCGCAGCUAAAGCACGUCUUUGCUUUCCUGGGAUUUUUGUUUCCAUACAGCCUGCCACCCACUGCAUUGACCUGGUUAUCUGCUUGGUCGGUACCGUAUUGCUUCAGUUGUCGAUCAACCGCUUCUUGGGAUCUUGCAACACGCAACAAUUCAUCUAACGUAACAGUUCCUUCCUUUUCCAGAAAUUUCCGGCGUAAAUGGCUCGAAUAACACUUGUCUAUGAGCUGAUCGCGAAUGUAGUCAUCCUCGCCGGCGCCAAAAUCACAAGUCGCUGCUCGCUGACGCAAUGUACAAACGAACUGAUCAACUGUCUCUCCGAUACCUUGCGAAAUUUGUCGAAACAAAUGUCUCUCAAAGGGAAUGUUCGCCUUUGGCACGAAAUGGUCGUCCAACACCUUUAACGUUGCUUCAAAACUUGCAUCUCCACCCUCACCAGCUAGUGUGAAAUAAAUUUCUUGCACAUCCAUACCAGCGACAUGCAACAGCAAAGCACGUUUUUGAGCGUCGUUCGAUACACCUUUCCCGGUCACAUACAAACUGAACGCUCGCUUCCACUUCUUCCAUCGCUGACUUAAAUUGUGCGCCUCUCCUUUUGGACUAAAUGGUUCCAAUCCACUAACAUCUAAAGUAACAGAAGUCAUCCCAGAACCGCCAACAGCACCGCUCGUAGUACCGCUUGUCGCGUUAGUUUCGCCCGAUCCACCGCCUCCCGGCAUCGCUGAAAUAAAUCCUUGACGAAAUCCUCGACGAAAUCCACAGCGAAAUUUUCACCGAACUCUUGAAACCCUCGGCGAAAUCCUCGAAAUAUCCUCGAAAUAUCCUCGAAGUAUCCUCGUCGCCAAUGUAGUACUGCGGUUAGGUUAAAACACACUUUAUUCACGACCGUUACACUCCGAACUCAGAACGCUAACCGACUCGAAUAAAUCACAACGCACGCUAUCUAUAGUACAUGCAAAUUACGUAAUUCCCGUGUGUAUUACAUCACAUUCAUUCUCUCGCUUCUACGCGCUUGCAUUAGCAUCGUAUACACUACAGUAUUCUUGUAUUGUAUUAUAUUUUGGCUAAAUAAAAAUGAACUGAACUGAACGCCUUGCUAAAACUUGAAAUCUCGGCAACGCGAAACUGCAAACGCGUAACUGCAAACUGCGGUUUGCUGUUUGCCUGAUGCUAAAGGUCUCUAUUAGAUCAUAAAUGUCUAGAACCAACAGCCACACUAAAAUAUGAACCCUUAAACAGCUGCAUUACUGUAAUCAGCGUUUGAAUCAUGAAGAUAUUCCAAUGCUACGCUUCUAAACACCUUUAGCCGUAAUAAAAGACGACAAAAUUGUGAAGAACCAAAAAUGGCGGUUUCAAAGUGCCCUUGUUUGACCUUUAGCGCAGCAAUGUCAUGUUUAGAUGCCAAAAUCUCAUUGGUUCCUAGCAUAGUACCUUUAACCUUAUUGCCCCCUGCAACACACAUCCGAACAGACAAAGUCACAAAGAUACAUACGCUCACACCACAUAUGACAUAUGAGCUAUUUUUUCAAAAUAGCUAAAAAAGCUAAAUACUUCCUCCCUACCUCUCCUCAUGUACCCUUCAAAUGUUGUUUCUCCUGCCAUACUAAACUGAACCCAUGUAUGGAAUUCAGGAAAAAUUUAGAUUUUUGCAUUAGGAUGUUUUUUCUAAAAACACUUUCAUUUCAGGCUUGCUUUUGGAAAAAAUUAAUUCGAGCAUUUAUGAUAUUUAGUUGGUAUUGUUUUGUCAUAUUCUUACAGCCCGCAUACCAAGCAGCCACAGGGGGGUACUGAGAGCACUUUUUUAACCUGCAAGCUCUUUCACUUUUGCUUCCCACUCUAUCCUUUACGUCUACUCCAGAGAUCGCUAAGAGACCUUGCGUGUAGGCUACCAUAUAUUUGAUUAUUUGUACAGUGCUCUAUUUCUUAUUUCCCUGACGACCCGUCUAGAGUAAUUUUGCACAUUUAAGACGUCAAAAGCAAACCAAAAGGUUGAUCUCUAGUUGCCGUUGCCAUUCUGCAUGGAGAGUAGACUGUUCCAAGCGUUCUGAUCGUACGGAGGAACGUAAAGUAAAGACGCAAGGAAAACAACAGCGAGGGAACUGGGAAAAGCUUCGAGGAAAGGGUUGUUCUCUUUUCCUUUGCCUCCUUCCAUUUUUCGCUCCGUUCAGUUCAGUUUGCACUGCUCUCUUCUAUUUUAAAGAGAAGUGACAACAUGAAAUAUUUCUGUGUUUACAGGCUGCUCACAAAUAACAUGGUACAAGAAAUUCAAACAACUACAAAUUAGGAGUACAAUAGUUCCUUUUUAAUAGUCAUGAGAAAGUGGUAUCUUAUUAUUAAGUAAUGACCUAAUCUUGACUUUGUAUGUGUUUUUUUUUUUGUAACAGAUCAGAAGCACCUUAGAAAAGACUCUUGGAAAUAUUGGACCAUUUUCCUUCUGUGUGCAUCCUGUGGGAACUAUUAUGGAACUUUAAAAACUGCAAACUUAUUGCCGUGAUGCAGGAAAAGUCACAUCAUCUUUAAUGGUCACUGUUGCAUUUGAGCUAACUUCUAGGAAUUGGAGGGUCAUCAGUUUCCUUUCUUGUCGUCAGUCUAGUUACUAAAUGAGAGAGUUGCAAGGAUUUUGCAUAGUUACAUAGCUAUACAAAGCAGUGUAGACUCCCCCUAGGGGGACUGCCAUAUGAAAAUGACCGGGAUGCUUGUCAUUUGGCUCGGGUAGAAAUGGCAGAUUUUGGACUUUAGGAUGUUCAGGACAGGAAGCAAUAUUUUUAUGUAAUAGUAGUGUGUAAGAUCAAUUUAGGGGUCACCUUUCCGACAAACAUCCCCUUCUCUUUCAUAAGGUAAUGCCCCCGAGUGAAUACCGUUGUACAAUUUACAAGCAUCAUUUGUCUAGCUAUGAAAGAAAUAAAACGCCU